ACCGCGCGGCGCGCACGACCGCUCCCAGGGCAUUGCUGCGUCGCCGGCAGCGCUAGGCUGCCGGGUGUGAACCGGGGAGCGACACUUCGCCGAGACUGUGCCCGCGCCCGGGGGAGACCUCGGCUCUCCUCAGACCUCGAGGGUCCGGUCUGGGGCGUUCCUGAUCCCCCUUAUAGCGCCCAAUAUCACUGUGUCCUGCAAGGGUUGAGACAUAAAGGGUCGGGAAGGAAAAGAGGAGAGAAAAGCAACUGAGGCCGAAGGAGAAGGAAGCGGUGUGGCCCUCCAGAGCCAAUUAAGAGAACUGGACCGCGGAGAUCCGGCGGGAACGCGGUGGUGCGGGGCAAGGAGCAACUGAAGCGGUGCGGUCUGUGGGGCUGGGUCUUCUUGCACCUCGGGUCACGCCUCCUUGGCGAGAAGGCGCCUCGCCUUUGAUUGCUUCCAGUUCCUGCAGAACUUCCUGCCCUGGUGGAGAAGCGGGUCUUGCUUGGGUCGCACUCGCUCUUGGUCUGAGGCGUGAGACUGAAUUCACACGGUGCUGGGCCCCCGAAGCCAAGUUGGGUUGGGGGAACAGAGCCUGCGAGCCCCCGCACCCCGAGUGAGGGGCCCGGUGUUGGGGUCCUUCCUCCCCUUGCACCCGCACCCUUCCGGGCUUUGCGCCUCCCCGGGGACCCCUCGCCGGGAAAUGGCCGCGUUGAUGCGGGGCAAGGACUCGUCCCGCUGUCUGCUCCUACUGGCCGCGGUGCUGAUGGUGGAGAGCUCACAGCUCGGCAGCUCGCGGGCCAAACUCAACUCCAUCAAGUCCUCGCUGGGCGGGGAGACGCCUGCCCAGGCCGCCAAUCGAUCAGCGGGCACAUACCAAGGACUGGCUUUCGGCGGCAGUAAGAAAGGCAAAAACCUGGGGCAGGCCUCCCCUUGUAGCAGUGAUAAGGAAUGUGAAAUUGGGAGAUAUUGCCACAGUCCCCACCAGGGAUCCUCGGCCUGCGUGGUGUGUCGAAGGAAAAAGAAGCGCUGCCACAGAGAUGGCAUGUGUUGUCCUGGUACCCGCUGCAAUAAUGGCAUCUGCAUCCCUGUCACUGAGAGCAUCUUAACCCCUCACAUCCCAGCUCUGGAUGGCACUCGACACAGAGAUCGAAACCAUGGUCAUUACUCAAACCAUGACUUGGGUUGGCAGAAUCUAGGAAGACCACACACUAAGAUGUCACAUAUAAAAGGGCAUGAAGGAGACCCCUGCCUACGAUCAUCAGACUGCAUCGAAGGGUUUUGCUGCGCUCGCCACUUCUGGACCAAAAUCUGCAAACCAGUGCUCCAUCAGGGGGAAGUCUGUACCAAACAGCGCAAGAAGGGCUCUCAUGGGCUGGAAAUUUUCCAGCGGUGUGACUGCGCAAAGGGCCUGUCGUGUAAAGUAUGGAAAGAUGCCACCUAUUCCUCCAAAGCCAGACUCCACGUGUGUCAGAAGAUAUGAUCACCUCUGAGGAAAAUCAUCACUAGCAGACUGUGAAUCUGUGUAUUUAAUGCAUUAUAGCAUGGUGGAAAAUAGGAUUUGGAUCUCAGAAGAAUGGUUAACAUAAAGAAUGUAAUACGAAUAUAGAGAUCACAGAGAGAGAAAAA